ACCCUUAAUAGAAGAAAAAGAGAAAAAUCCUAUUAAGGUAGAGAGAUCAAAUGUAACACCCAUUUUUUUUAAAAUAAAAAAAAUUUCAUUCCAUUCUGCCAUUAUCGUGACAGAAAGAUUAUUUGGUGUCAUUUUUAGAUUUUUUUUCUAAUUGUCAACAACAACAUCAUUUCAUCAUAAAUCAAAAUCAUCGGUUUAAGCAAUGGCCAAUUCAAUAUUUUUCGUAUCGAUUAUUGUUGCUGUUGGAAUUUUCCUAUUUCCAAUUCAUCUAACCAUAGCUGAACGAAUUUUAUCGAUGGAACAAAAUCCUGGAUGCAAUCAUCAUAAUGAUGAAGAUUGUAAUAAUACUCAUAUUGUUUAUAUUCGAUCAGAUGCUAUCGAUGAUAAAAAUGAUGAAAAAAAUAUCACACAAUCUACUUAUCAUAAUUUAUGGAUAUUUUCAAAUAAUGGUUAUAAACCAUCAAUAAUGUUAUUCGAAACUGAUCCAUUAGCUAAAUUAACGAUUGAUUGGUUGAAUUUUUUUCAACAUAAAAUGAAUUCAAUUAAUUUUAAUAAUGGUUCAAUAAGAAAUAGUUUUGGAUUUGAAUUGACCGAUUUAUUUCUUGUUAAUAUGACAUCCAAAGAAUUACUUUAUAAUAUUCCUAUUGAUCAAUUAAAUUGGUCGGUUAAUUUUAAUGAACGUCAUAAUAAUCAAUCAUCAAUUGAAGCUAUAUUUUCAAAUAAUAAUUCUGAUAUUGGAAAUUUUCAUUUUCAUUUAAAAAUAUCUGGCCAUUCAGGACGUGAAACAAUACUGCCAAAAUUAAUUUACACUGAAGGUGGUAAUCUUUUACUAUUUGAAAUUGAUAAUCUUUUCAUACCAGAAUCAUUACAAAAAAAUAAUACUUGUUUACAAAUCUGUGCCAAUCUAACUACGAUUUUGGAUGGUCAUCCAUUAAAUGGUCAUAUUGAAAAAUUUACAGGAAUGGAUGAUGAAUAUACACCUGGUGUUUUUCAGCGUUAUCUUUAUGAAAUGGAUUCAUUUGAUCAAAUUGAUAAUCAAACACGAUCAUCGUUUAUUGGUUGGAAACCUGUUGCCUAUUUUGAUCAUAAUCAACAAAUUGCUACAUCAUUAAAAGUGAUUAGUCCAAUAAUUAUAAAUAUGACAACGAUUCCAUCAUCAUCAGCGUUGAAUGGUUAUUUUGAUUAUCAAAAAUCAUAUCCAAUAAAAUUGGCCAAUUUUCGUCUAAAUUCCGAAGAUGAUAGUGAAUUUAAUUUGGCUAAAAAUGGAACAUCAAUCGAAUUUUCAUUAUCAUUAUCAUUAUUACCGAUGAAUGAGGCACAAUUUUCAACAUCAAUGACAAUCAUUAUUAUUUGUUUAUUAAUUGGUUUUGGUUUACCAUUUGUUUUAUUAAUUGGAUUUAUAAUGUUUCAAUUAUUUAGAAGAUUAUUUUCAUUAUUUUCUGGUGAUAAUAAUUAUAAUCUACAAAAUAAUAGUGAAAGUUCAGCCUAAAAGAAUGUGUGUAUGUGUAUGUGACUAGUAUUUAUCCAAUUUUGUCGAUAAUUAAUGAUUUUUGUUUAUAUAAUUAAUUUAUAACUAAAACAUAAGUUUUUCUAAAAAAAAUUUUUUUACAUUGCUAAACAUUUUC